AAGGAAGAAGAACCGAGUAUUUACCAGUGCAAUUGUUAAGUCAACAUACCGGAUUACGAACUUGAAAUCCGGGUGUGAGUCCCAGCGUGAGCGCAAGUGGGAUAGAAACAGCGAAGUACACUGUGACAUGACCUUAGUGGGACUUAAGGAAGAGAAACUUAACGAGUUGCCAGUUAUGUUGACCGUCCAGCAGCAUCACGCCGGCAUGUUGGGCUCGGGUGUUGGGUCCCAGGUUCAUCGGAGCAACGUGAUCGUGUCGACGAGCAGCGGCGGGAUCACCGGGAGCAUGGAGUCGAAGAGCUUGCAGCACGGGUGCAAGCGGGCGAAGCUCUACGCCCAGGCGACACCCUACAGCGCCGUUCCGCACCAACCGGCCUCCGUAGCGCGGCGAAACGCCCGCGAGCGGAAUCGCGUGAAACAGGUUAACAACGGGUUCGCGACCCUGCGCCAGCAUAUCCCGCAGAGCGUGGCUCAGGCUCUCGGCGGAAACACGGCCGGGACCGGAGGCGCGUCUCGGGCCGGAAGCAAGAAGCUCUCGAAGGUCGAAACGCUGCGGAUGGCCGUAGAGUACAUCCGCAGUCUUCAGCGCCUGCUCGAGGAGAACGACGGCUCCUCGGAUUCCGAGAUCCAUCACCACCUCAGACAGAGUGCGGAAUCCUCGUUCAACCCGCCACCCUCGUCAGAGGCUUCCAGUUCUCCGACGCCCAGCUUCGUUUCCGAGGCGUCUUCGGGGGGUGGAAGUCAGGGCUACGGAACCGCCACCGGCACCCUCUACGCCCAGCACUCCGACAGCUACGACAACUACGAACCGAUGAGUCCCGAGGACGAGGAACUCCUCGACGUCAUCACGUGGUGGCAGCAGAGUCAAUGAGGCCGGUUCACGCGCCACCUAGGCUUUCCCACCGUGGCAUCGUCAGCAUAACGGCCAGUAAAACCGAGGUUACGCGGAAAAAGGAAGUAGACAAAGAUGAAAGAGGGAGAGAGAGAGAGAGAGAGAGAGAGACGAGAAAUACGCUGA